AUGAAUAACAGUCAUGUUCAUAAUUCAAACCAUAUGCACCAUCAGCAUCAUGAUGAUACACAUCAUAAAGAAUCAAUGACCUCUACACACAAUGAUCGUCAUUCAAUGAUGGAAAUGUCUUUUCAUACAGGUUUUGUUGAAACAAUUUUAUUUGAACCAUGGAUAACCACAACUAUUCCAAUUUUUAUUAUAUCAUGGAUUUUUAUAUUUAUAUUGGGUAUUUUACAUGAAGGUAUUAAAGAAUUUCGUCAAUCAUUAGAAGUAGAACGAUUUAUUGAAAGACCAAUAAUUUCAGAUAAUGGAAAUGAGAAUGAAUUGGAAUGUAUGAAUAUUGAAUCGCUUGACUCAACUCAUCAUACUAAAAAAACAAAAUCUUCUCCAUCGUAUAUUGAACGUAUAUUACUUAGUGUGUUAUAUGCUAUUCAUUUGGCACUUAGUUAUGUCUUAAUGCUUAUAGCAAUGACAUUUAAUAUUUAUCUCUUUUUCGCUAUUAUAUUUGGUCUUGGUAUUGGUCAUUUAGUAUUCACACGAAAUCGUAUAAUAUCUUCAACGAGCAACAAUCAACAUCAUACAUAA